AUGCCCCGCUGGACCUUCUACCUAUCCCCCAGCACCCUCACACAGGAUGAAAAAAGCACCAUCGCCAGAAAAGUAACAGACCUGUACAUCAGCUUCGGCAUCCCCGCCUUCUGGGUGAACGUCUUCUUCCACGAGACCGGCGAGGGCAAUUUCUACAGCGGGGGUGAAUACCCCCCGAACGCCGUGUUCUUCCACAUGGAUCACGCGGCCAGCAAGAUCGAUUCUGAGGAUCUGCGAGAUGAGUUCAUUCGGAAGGUCAAUGAUAUCGUGGGGCCCAUUCUGGAUCCGAAGGGCGUGAAAUGGGAGUAUAAUAUCUAUGAGCAUCCGAGAGAUAACUGGAGGAUUAAUGGCAUGAUUCCGCCGAUGGAGUAUCCGGAGGUUUUGAGGGAGUGGAGGGAGCGGAAUGCGCCGGUUAAGUAUGAGGGGGCGUAUAGAUGA